GACGGGGCCGCGCAGCCGGGGCUGGCGGGGCGGCCUCCCCGGACGGCUCCCCGGCCUGGCCAGUGUUUUCUGUGAACAUCCAUGGAAGAGUAAAAGGAUUUGAAACCAGCAUUCUAGAGAAACUUGUGUAGUUUCUGCUACACAGAGCAAUGCUGAAAUUUCAAGAAGCUGCUAAGUAUGUCACUAUUGCCAGAUUUAAUUCUGCUUGCUCAGAUGCUAUGAUUGCAAGAAGAUACAUUAUUCAGAGGAAACUUGGCAAUGGAAGCUUUGGAAGUGUAUAUCUGGUUUCUGAUAGAAAAGCAAAACAAGGAGAAGAAUUAAAGGUUCUGAAGGAAAUCUCUGUUGGAGACCUAAAGCCUAAUGAAACAGUUGAAGCAAAUCUGGAAGCACAACUACUCUCCAAAUUAGACCAUCCAGCCAUUGUCAAAUUUUAUGCAAGCUUUGUGGAGCGAGAUAGUUUCUGCAUUAUCACUGAAUACUGCGAGGGUGGAGAUCUAGACUUCAAAAUUCAAGAGUACAAAGAAUCUGGGAAGAUAUUCAGUCAAAAACAAAUAAUAGACUGGUUUAUACAGUUGUUACUCGGAGUCAACUAUAUGCAUGAAAGGUGGAUACUUCACAGAGAUUUGAAAGCCAAGAAUAUAUUUUUGAAAAAUAAUCUUCUUAAAAUUGGGGACUUUGGAGUUUCUUGUCUUUUGAUGGGUUCAUGUGAUCUGGCAACUACAUUUACUGGGACGCCAUACUACAUGAGUCCAGAAGCACUGAAGCACCAGGGAUAUAACACAAAAUCUGACAUUUGGUCUCUGGGAUGCAUUCUAUAUGAGAUGUGCUGUAUGAGCCAUGCAUUUACUGGACACAAUUUUUUAUCUGUUGUAUUAAAAAUUGUAGAAGGAGAUACACCUUCCCUUCCUGAUAGAUAUCCAAGGAAACUGAAUGCUGUGCUGUGCAGCAUGUUAAAUAAGAAUCCUUUAUUGAGACCAGCAGCAGCAGAGAUCCUAAAAAUCCCUUAUAUUGAUGAACAACUAAAGCAUAUACAGUACAAGUUCACGAACAUGACUGUGAAAGACAAGGCACUUAACAGACAGAAAGAAGCUGCUCCCAUUUUUGAUGCUGUGCAGAGGAAAGUUCAUUUGCAAACUCUGCAGGAACUGUCUGAAGUACAGAAAAUGACACCACGGGAACGAAUGAGGCUGAGAAAGUUAAAUGCUGCAGAUGAGAAAGCAAGGAAGUUGAAACAGCUGGCAGAAGAAAAAUAUCAAGAAAACAUCAAAAGAAUGCAAGAAUUUAGGUCCCGUAAUUUCCAGCAGCUGAGUGUUGAUAUCCUACAUGAAUCUGAUGAGCAGACUUCAAACCUCCAAAUUCAUUCUCAGCCAGUCAGUACAUCUGACUGUGUGUCCAUUGGACAUGAUAAACCAAGUGGAAAUGAGGCAUCAAGUCAGCUCUACAUGUCUGAACCUACAGACCAUGAGAUCCCUGAAGACCCAGAAAUUGCAGAAGAAUAUUACAAUGAUGAGUUUGAAUCCUAUUCAGAAGGCAGUGAAGAGGAGGAGGAUGCAAAAGCAUUGCAGACUAUCUCUAAGACAAAUCACCAGGACAGUGAUAUUGAGGCAAUGGUCAAGCAUUUGGAGAGUGUGCUGAAUAACAGCUCGUUGGGCUCGGGGAUUGUCACCAGAGUGUCUCCAGGGGAGCCCCAGGGAUUCAGAGCUCUCAACAGCACUAUGGCUGAGACCAAACUGAAACGCAUGAGGGAAUCUGCCAUUGGGAAGCUGGGAGCAGAGGUAUUUGAGGCUGUGUACAGCUAUCUGAAGCAAGCCAGACAGCAGAAUGCCAGUGAGGAGGAGAUCAGGAGAGACCUGGAGGAGCUGGUUUCUAGAGCAAGCGAUUGCUUUGAAGUGGAUCAGCUUCUGUACUUCGAGGAGCAGCUGCAGGCUUCAGAAGCCCAUCUUCAGCCGUAAAGUGUGUGUCAGUAACAGGGCUGGAAAUGGCAAGGAGGAGUGAAGCUGCCAAGCUGUCUUCUUCAGGCCAGCAAGCAAGGAAGGGAGGUAUUUGGGGGAGCCUACUGAAGGUAACGUAGAACGUCAGCAUGUGCAUAGACUGUGUUUGAGAUUCCAAACUGCAGGGAGAAGUGAGUAAAUACAGUAUAGAUUACAGAAGCAGAGAGGGCAACAAAUGUUUGUAGCACUGGAGGAGAGAAUUCACGGCUACCAGUGUCCCUUUUUCACAGAUUAGGACAUAAAAGUAUUCUCCUGGACUUUGGCCAGGCAUCAGUACUGUACCCAGAGCACCACUGGCAAAACUGCCUCUGAUGGAAGUGGUGCAGGAUUAGACUCCAGCUGCAGUUGACUCCUGCACUAACUGGUCCUCACGAUAUCCAAAUACAUAUUUUUUGUACUAUGGCAGACUUUCCCUUGAACAUACAUGUAUAUGUAUGGUACUCAGGCACUAAUUGCCUUGUUGUUGUUCGUUGUUCAAAAGAACUGCAUUUAAUCUGUGUGACUUUCAAAGGAGUUGUGAAAAAAUGCAUGCGUGCCUAUGUGUACACAUAUAUGCAUACUCAUAGAGACACGUAUGUAUAUCCAUAGAGGCAGAAAGAUACCUGAUCAUACACCUUAUGUGUGUGCAUGUGUAGAACAUGAAGCCACAGCUAUAGCUGGCUGUGGUAGCUAGGAAUCCCUGCUGUGACUGAUGAGUUAUAGAUCAAGUUCAUUGUA